CACUCCACCAGCCCCUCCCAGAACAAAAUGGUAUCAUCUCUGCAGGAGGAGGGAGGCUGUUGCUGUCAAGAAUGGGAGGGAUGCACACAAACACAGGCAAAGAUCCAGAGGACUUGAAAACCUGUCUGGAGUGAGCGGUAUGCACUGCUCCCUCGACUCCUCAGACCAGUCCCAGCUGGAGAACCUAGAACUGGUUGAGGAGGUCAUGGUGGACCGCUCAACACAGACGGUCUGGGAAGACCAAAGUGAUACUGAGAGGCAAAGCUCCAGAGCAGAUUGGAACCAGUCUGGAGUGAGCAGUAUGCACUGCUCCCUCGUCUCAGACCAAUCCCAGCUGGAGGACCUUAAACUGGAUGAGGAGCUAACCGUGGGCAGCCCAAAAGAGCGGGUCUCCAGAUGGGAAAACAUGGGCUACACGGACAGCCAAAGCUCCAGAGCAGUUUGGAACCAGUCUGGAGAUUCAGUGGUCAGCAGCAUGUACUGCUCCCUUUUCUCCUCCAGCUCCUACCACUCUGAGGUGGAGGACUGCAAAGUGGAUGAGGAUCUCAUCGAAAUAAUCCACAGGCAAAUGGAGGACAGAGAGGAGAGAGCCAGCAAUCAGGAUGAGGAUGUCCAUUUCCUCGCGGUCCUCUGUGCUUGCUGCAAGGCUGCAUAUAAGAGCGGCCAGGAGAGUCUGGAUCUCCCCUACAGCAAAGGACAACUGAUAAAAGCAAUCGUGGUGGUGAUGGAGAAGUCCCCUGUGGAGUCUGGGCCUACCAUUCUCCUGCUUUAUGCCAUGGCUGCCGUCUCCUGCCUCAGCAAAAUCAAGCCUCCAACUGACCCAGAGCUAGAGUCUGCGAUCCUGCGCUUCGCUGUUCGCGGGGUCAUAACAGUGCAAGCAGGACAUGUCCACAAACAGGCUCUGCACAAACUAGCAGCAGACAAUCUGGAGCUGAUGCUGAGGGGUUUUUUGUCAGAGGCCCCAACCACACAGCAUCUCUUGUCCCUCCUGGAGCACAUCAACAUCUGGAUCCUCUCCAGGAAUGCCCAGGAGAGAGCACGAGCCAGCAAACAAUGCGCCAGCUUGCUCCGCUUUAGUGUCAUGAUGCCUGAUUGUGAUAACUCUGCAGAACUCCCCAGUUUGGGCCACCAUGUGGCGAAACUUGGAAUCUGCAUAAUGGAUUGCAGGAAGGAUGUCAGCCGAAACGCCAGGGAGGGAAUCUACCGGCUCCUGGAGGUGCUUCUCCACCACAAAGGCCAGAGCAGCAGAGAAGCUGGGGAGCUGUGGAGCCGGAGAUGGCAGGAGGAGGAAAGAAUUCUGGCCUAUCUGAACACCGCCAGAGUUGGGGAGGUUUUCAGGGAGAUCUUUAAUAAAGAUCAGCAAAGAUCCUUCCUGAGGACCACGAUUUGGGCCAUUAAUCAUCCCCUCCACAGGGUUAAGGAGGCUGGACUGAUCCUGCUGUACUCCCUCCUGGGCAAGGCCGAUGCACUGAUGGGGUAUGAGGAGGAGGAAAUCCGGAGGAAAAUCUGGCGUCGUCUCCGCCAAAUCAAAGAAAGCAAAGGGCUGCCUGAAGAAAUCGAAGGUGACUUACUGAUGGACCUUGGCAGUGCCGCUAAGCCGACUACCCUCCCAUGACACCUUUCCUUCCUUUCCAUAUAAAACACUCAAGUAUAAACAUAUCAAGAGAAAAAUCAUAUAACAUCUUAAUUAAAUGUAUUAUGUAUUAUCAUAAAUGUAUGUAUCAUAUGUAUCUUAUCAUAAAUGUAUUAAUCAUGAUCAAAAUUCCUCAAAGGGAUCAGGAAACUGAAAUAACACCUUUUAAAAUGUGGAUACCCUCAACGAUUACAACAUCAAUAGGACAUCAGCCAUAUCAAGAGAUUCUCUACAGAGGCAAAACAAAUAUGCAAAAAGAAGAGAGGGUCCCAUUUUGGUAGACUUUCAUCCUGCCUCACCAAACUAUCACCAGGCAAUAAAAAGACAGCCACCACCCUGAGAGCUUUUCCCAGAAGUUCAGAAUUUGCUUACAGCAAUAGCUGUCAGAACAUCCAUGUGUUGCUUUCCAUCAACCACCUAAUCUAUACAGACGAUUACUGAGAGCUGUCCUAAAAUCACUGAUCAGCAAUCCUGGAUCACACCACUGUCAAUCCAGCCGCUGCAUUACUUUCACUUUUCUAAAGAAUACCAUCACUUUUAGCAGUACCACUACCAAGAAAACCUAUUACAUCUGGGGGAAACUCAUCUGUACUUCCACCUGUCAUAUAUAUUAAAGAGCGCAGAUGUCCAUAUUGCCAUAUGCGCUAUGUAGGCAAAACAUCCUCAGACUUGAAGCCAUCUUUCAGGAAGCACAAAUCUGCCAUCUUAACAAAGAACAACCUAUGGGCAGAUACUUCAACUCAGCCAACCAUCAUCUCAAUGAUAUGGAGAUCUAAGAGCGCCUUUCAUCCAACUGCAACAUCUGGCCAUCAUUCUUUUCUUGUCACUUGCCCUUGGACUCUGCUAACAUGGCAUUCUUCACUGCCAUCUUAUGAACUGUAUGUGCUCACACACAUCAUGACGAACGCUAAUGGAAGCCACCAUGGGACAUCCACACCUACAGCUUCUCUUGCUGCAUCAUUUCGCCUUUGUUCUAGCCACACAGGAGUCUUUUUGCCAGGAAGUACUGCAGGUAUAGGCAAUAUAAGUAAUUCAAGCACCCAGAAAGAAAGAAGAGAAUAAUUGAUUAGAAAUACAUUUUAAAAUGUUGCAUAAUAAAGAAAUACGCAAACCCACUGAAAUAAAACCUUCAUAGAGUAUCCACAUAAGAAAUCCAACACUUAAUGAUCCGCAUAUAAAAAAAGAUCAAUAAAAUCAAUACAUGUAAAUUUCCCCACUCCGAUUUAUUUAUUCAGAAGCUUUCAGAAUCCUGAGUCUAACAGAAAGAGAUGAUUUUUUUUAAAAAAAAUUAUCAAUUCUCCAUUAGUGGAGCUAAACUAAUAAACGGGGGUGGGGGGACUAAACAUCUGAGAAAAUGUUAGAAAAAUUCAAAGUCUUUUCAGAACCAUAAUUCUAAUAAGAAAAGAUCAAGAAAAAGAAAAGCUCCUGCCUGCAGACUUCCCCAAUGAAAGCUGUAAAUUUCGUCUCCAUAGGUUCAAUGCUGGUAGUGAAAGCUCUAAAGUGAGAAUGUAGUUAUCUGGUCAUAAAACCCUUCAUAAUGCAAACCAAAUAAAGCAGGAGGAUCCCUCAAGCAGAACUUAAGCUGAUUAACAUAAAUGCAGAACUCUGUGCCAAAACUAUGAAGCAAGAGCUUAAGCAGAUCACAUUAAUCACUUCCUACUGGCUCUCUUCUCAAUACACAAUACAGCCUCCUAAAAAGUCCAUGGGAGGUUCAAAAAUGAUGGAAACACAGAGACUGAGGAACAAAAAUGCAAGGAAUCCUGUUAGUACUUACAAGCUCAAAAGGUAUUCUCAAUUGUGGGAGUGUCAUUAAAAACAAAAGGGAUAGCGACAAAAAUAGAUCUAAAGUCUAAUGAAAAAGAUUUUAAAAAACGAUUUUGAACUUCCCAUUCGACUGUCCAGAUAAUCCAAGGGCUUAGGAAAGAAGAAAGUUAAUUAUUAGAGAGGAAGAAACUGACCAUGCGAAGACAUGAAGUAUGGAUAUUUUAAACCCAGAGCCAAGACAAAAUUCCCAACCCAUGCACACCAAAUACGAGACGUUUUGGCAAAUGUUCAUGACUGGCAUCUAGAACCUAUUAUAUAAAAACGAGAUGAACAACAGGGAGGAAUUUGAGAGAAGGGGGAAAAGUUAAUUUAAAGAGAAGAGGAGAUCUUAUGAAAUACUAAAAUGAAAUUCCUCAAUGAAAAAUCAAACAAAAAAAUAACUGCAUCUGGAACUCUCAAUCUUCUGAAAACCAAAUACAUCUUCAGUGCCAUAAUCUCAUGCAAUACCAUCAAAUCAAACUUCAGUUUUAACCCAUGAUUUGAAAAAAUAGAGAAAAAACAAUACCCUUUAGUAUAAAGAUUUUCCUCUUCACAAGAAUUUUUGAUAACAGCUGUUAAAUUAACAGGGAAUCCAUAAAACCAAUUCUUCAUAUUGGAAAAGACUAAUUACAUGUACAGGACAAAAAUAUAACAGUAAUUAUAAUUAUAGAUGAAAUGUAUAAAUGUAUAAACUAAUUUCCCCUAGUCUCUAUAAUACUUUUGGAAACUACAAUAACAGGGAAUCCAAUGGGGAAAAAUUAAUCAGCUUUCAGUAAAAUCUAUCUCUUAUAAGUAAGUUCAACCUAAUAGCUUCAACAGAUAAAUUCACCUAUAUGCCUUUAAACACAGAUUUCCCUAUUCACCAAUACCAUACAUUUGCUAUUUCUUCAGAGGGAAUAAACUGAAUAUGUUCAUAUUAAAUAAGCAUAUAAUAAUAGCUAAAAUAACAAACUAAACAUAUUAGUAUAAAUUGUGAUAACCUAAAUGUAUACAUUUUUAUCUUGAAAUAAAGCAAUAGGAAUUUAAAAUCUUAUUAAUAUUAAAAAAGGAUAAUAAAAGUAAUGGAUUUAAAAGGGGGGGGGGAGGAAAGAAAAACAUAUUAUUUAAUUCUCAGGUAUCAUUUACUUCCCACAUCAAAGCAAUAUAGUAAAGAGUCCCAGAGGAAUUCAGAUCGAAUAAGUAGAUACUAUUAAGAGUCUUUCCUAGUCCUUCAAGGGGUUAACUUGAAAGUCUUAAAAACAUUCCAGGUAGAAAGAUAAGAGGAAACUCUGCUGGGAGACUAAACACUGCCGGAACUAGCUCCUUACGAAAGAAAGCUUGUGCAUGGGGAAAUGUGUUAUCAGGUUACGUGUAGUAAAUAUAAAAAGCCUUAGGUCUUCUAUUUGUGAUCAUUCCUAUUUCAAAUGUUGACUUUCAGGCCAGACUUCUGAAUAGGAUUUACAAUGCUGGGUAAUAUUUCUACUCCAUCAGUGGUGGUAGAAGGUAUUCAUCCAAUUAGUCAACAGCAGAAAAUAAAGAGAGUCCCAAAGUCCCUAAGGAUGCCGAAACGUUCAAAGUUUUUUCUUUUCCCCUGUUUUUCCAUCACCAUAAUCCAUACUAUAAUGAAAAGGAGGCAUCAAAAGCUCAGAAAUUAAGAAUCCCCUUUCCAUUUGUCUCUACAGUCCCAACUUCAAUAAUGUUGCUAAAAGUUCCAGGCAGCAAGCAAGAGACAUAAACAUAAUUGUACCACAAGAGAGCUUCUGUAUUCAAACUUCCAUAUACAUACUGUAUUCAAACCAUUAAAAAGUAAAAAACCCUCAUUCAUGUAUCUGUUCCAUCCUAACUUCAAUAACGCUUCUAAACGUUCGAAACAGAGAGUGCCACACAAAGAGCAAAGGACUUAAUUACCAGCCAUAAAACACUUUUAUCAGUGCCAGAAUUCCAGUGCUGUGAUGAUGACGACGACGAUGAUUCUUAAUUCGAUUUCUACACCGCACUUCCAAAAAUGGCUCAGGGCGUUUUACAAAGAGAAACAACAAACAAAUAAGAUAGCUCCCUGUCCCCAAAGGGCUCACAUUCCAAAAAGAAACAUAAGACACACACCAGCAAUAGUCACUGCAAGUACCGUGCUGGGGUUUGGAUAGGGCCAGUUACUCUCCCCCUGCUAAAUAAAGAGAAUCACCAUGGUAAAAAGUGCCUCUUUGCCAAGUUAGCAGGGAGAUAAUGAGUAACUAGAGCAUCAAACGCUUUGCAAAACCACUCGCAGGAAUUCUUCAAGGUAAAACUAAAAACAGAUUCAAAUAAGAUGCUGGGUUGUGCAGAACAGUAAGCAGUAGAAUCACACAUUGGUCAUGUAAGACUUCAUUCCUCACCCAGCCAACCCUCUUCUUAAGGCCGUUUACAUAAUUCCCUCUGGAAAAGUCAGUAGGAGGCUCAAAAGUAAUAAAGACAAAAAAGGGGGAGGCAAGAAAAAGUAAAAAGAAAUGCCAAAGAUCUUGCAAGCUCAAAAGCCAUGGUCAUCUCAGAGAUUUGAUAGGAAAGAAAAAAGCCGUUCUUCAGAAGGCAUGUUGUUAAGCCUGUCUCCGUUCAGCCUGAUGCUUAAUGCAGAAAGGUCUCUGCUGAGGGUUCAUCCAGGGUCCUCCAGGCUUUUUCAAGCCUGGAAUCUCCACGGAUCCCCCCCCCGGGGGGGAGGGGAUGCGCCCUGCACGCAUUCUGAUCUUUAUGUAGCCGAUGAAAGAUAAUUAGACCAAACGGGAGCGGAAAGCCCUGGCAGCCAAAUUGUCAGGUACUUCCCAGAAGAAUGCCAUCUUGCUUCUCUGUCCAUUCCUCAAACCUAUUGGGGGAUCUCCAGUCUCUAUUUGUAUUAAAAUCGGGUAGCUGAACUAUCGAUGCUACUAUCCAUCAAUAUAGAUCUAAUUUGAAACCAUACUAGCCAUGGUAUUUGAGAUCCUGUUUCUUGUUCAAUCUCAACCUUCUUGAAUAACCUCUUAUUUCUAUGGACGUCUUUUAUUCUAUAAAAAUUCUUUCCCUUCAACAUCUUCAAAUAAGCCAAUCCAUAUUGAUCUUCCCCACUAUCCAGAUAUGUUAAUAAAGGUGUUAGUGGAGAAAUAUCUUUCUUAUAGAAUUAAGUAGAUUUCUCCUAGGAAUGAAUCCAGAUUGGUCGAUAUGAACAAUUUUAUAACUAAUUAAUUUAAGUCAAUUUGCCAAUAAUUUAGUAUACUGUAUAAUUUAUAAUCAACAUUAAGUAGCAAAAUUGGUCUAUAAGAGCUGACUUCCUGUAAAUCUCUACCUAUUUGAGGAAUUAAUGUUAUUUUUUGAGUCAUACCACGAGGGUGGGAAACAUGCUCCCUGACUCAGAGCAUUCAUUAAAAUUACAAACUUUGGUAUAAUAAUUUCUUUACAUUGGCUAAAAAAUUCUCCUAUCAAACCAUCCGGUCCUGGAGAUUUGUGAUUCUGAAUGGUUUUAAAAACCUCAAGCACUUCCGCCUCAGUAAAUGGUGCAUCCAAAAUCUUAAUAUCCUCUGGAGUUAGUUGUGGGGUACUAAUCUUAUCUAAGUAGUUAAGAAUUUUCCCCUGUGUUGGGUUAUGAGAAUUAUAUAAUUGUUCAAAGAAUGUAACACACUGAUCACUGAUAUCUUUAGUGUUAGUGAUGGUUCGACCUUUAUCAUCCUUUAUUACUUUUAUAAGCCUCUUCUCCUUAACUUUCUUUAAUAACGAUCUUGUUAAUAACGAUCUUGGCUAACGAUCUUGUAUUUCUGUCACCAUAUUCAUAAUAACUUUGUUUUACAUAACAGGUUGAAUAGAAAUUUUUGUUGUUUCCAAAACCACUAGCUCCUUCCUUUUCUUCCAUAUUUGCUGAAAGGUAUUAACAGACCCUGUUCUAUGAAAUAUUGCCAAUAAGUGUUUAAACUCCAACUCUAGUUUAUCACUCAUUUGUGUUGAUUCUUUUUUAAUCCUGCUCAUCUGAUUAAUUCACUCCCCUCUAAUAACAGCUUUCAUCACAUCCCAUUUCAUUACUAAUGAUGUUUGCUCCUUAUCAUUUUCAUUAAAAAAAAAAAAAAUUCUUAAUGUUUGGGCCAAUUGUUGCUUUGCCAUUUGUCCACAAGUAAUCUAGCUUUAAAACGCCAAACCGGAGAGAAUAAAAUUUUCUCCUCUAAUUAGAUACUGCUUUAAUUGUGUUUUAAUUAUGUUUUAAUAAUUUUAACUUUUUUGUUUUAAUUUUUGAAAUAUUGUAAUCUUUUAUUGGCUGCUUUUAUUGUUUGUAAACCGCCCAGAGAACUUGCGUUUUGGGAGGUAUAGACAUGUAUCAAAUAAACAAAUAAAUGGAAUUUAAAGAUCACUGGGGCAUGAUCCGAAACAAGAAUGGGUCCAAUUUCUCCCUUAUGAAAUUUUAUGAAAUGAAAUUGAGUUAACAAAGUAUUAGAUGCCCAUAUAUAACCCAACCUAGAAUAAGAUUGGUGUCUUCCUGGAAAAAAGGUCAAACUUUUGCAGAGGGAUUAAGCAUUUGCCAAGAAUCUAUAAGCUCAUAUUUAUGCAUCAAUCUUUGAAAGUUCAACGAUAGUGAGGCUUGUUUCUUAUAGUGUAAAGAUCUUGAUUUAUUCUCGUUAGAUGACUUAGUGGCAUCAAUAUUAAAGUCCCCCCAGGCCGCAACACGAUAUUAGUACCAGCAAACCUUUUCAUUUUCCUCAUUGUUUUCUGAAGGAAGUCAAGAUGUCUCUGAUUUGUAGCAUAGAUAGAGGCCCAAGUAAUAUCCUUAUUGUGCAACUUCUCCUUAAUAAAAAUAAAUCUUCCAUCCUUAUCUUUCAAAAAAAUUUCAACAACAAGAUCAAUGUCAGCUUUAAAUCAAAUACCAACCCCUCUUGCUUUGUUUGGAAAACUGUUUUCCAAAAUAUUUAUCUGCAGUAUCAUCUAUCUUAUAAGUCUCUUGUAAAAAGACCACAACUGGGUUAAAGGAUUUAAUAUAGAUAUCCUGGCCCUUUUAAUUGCAUCCCCCAAACCUCUCACGUUCAAGGAAAAAACCAUACAGUAAUCACUCAUUUUUAAUUCUUAGUUCUUGCUGACAAUCUAUAGAAUUAUUUCUCUAAGCCAGAAUGCAUGGGGAUGCGUAGGGAUGCAUGGGGAUACCUGGUGGAAUGUUCCAGCCUGAAAAGGAGGGUGGCCUGUGGGGAGGAGGACCACCGGUGGGCAAAGCCCCGCCAGCCUGAAGAGGAGGGUGGCUGGCGGCCCAAGGCCACCAUGAGGAGGAGGCAGCAGCCGAACAGCUAGCCCCGCCUUGCCUGGCCUGGCUGCUGAGGUCAGGAGGAGGUAGCGGCGGGCCCUAGCCUGGCUGCCAGGAGGAGGGGGGAGAAAGUGGAGGGGGACC